AUGAGUCAGCAGCUGAUAUGCAAAGUCAAGAACAAUGACGCCGACGUUGAUGCCUUUAUCGAGUCUGCGCAAAAAUACUGGGAGGAACACUGGGGUCCGUUAACGCCUAAAGAAAAUGUCAUGCAGUAUAGAAAGUGUGUCGAAGACAGGUUCAAAAAUAACCGCUUCCGAGCGAAAGGCGGAAAAGAAAAGUUGUCACCCGGUCCAACUGGAGAGUCAACCUCUCUACCGACGUUUUUCUCCCUCACCCAACAGCCUGAUCCAACCCUGUAUGAGCUUUUUUGUAGUGAAAGAUCUGAAGAUAUCAACAAAGCAGUCAACGAGCAACGUGAGAAGAACUGCACGGGACAUCAGCAACACCUCGGCAUGCUUAGAAAGGAGCUUUCAUCCGAGUACAAGUCCACGAAGACCUUAUGGGUAGCAAAAGCCUGGAACGGGAGCAAGCGAUGCUAUCAGAUGUGCCUUCUGAAUCUCGUCUUCACAGCGCAAAUGGAGGACUUCCUGGAAUCAAUUCUUGGCCGUGGUCGAGGGAAGAUUGGUAACGGUAGCUUUGUGCUUUUAUAUUCUUACCGGGCAGCUGACAACGCCUUGAAAAUGGGAUGUAUCAAUGCGACAGCCAACAAGGCACCGAAACUCCCGGCGCUCUAUCCGCUUGAGUAUAAUCAAAUCAAGAAUAUUUGGGGAAACUACUGCAAUCGGAUUAUUCCAUUAAACCAAGACAUCACUCUCACCCGUUCUCAAAAAUUAUUUACUUGUUCCGAGGAUGGAUGCCCUCACUUUCCCAUUGGUCAGCUUGAUCUAGCCAGGACUCCACCCGUGGAGGUAGAGGGCAUGCUCCGGAACUACUUACAGGCUCAGUAUGACUAUGCGUGGUAUAAAGCCAGAGGAGUUGGCAUUGGGCCCACAGAUUGGGAGCAUGUAGAGUACUCCGACAUGCUCCCUGAAGGUUUAGAGCUGCGAGUUCCUAUAGACGGGGACUAUGGCUACGUUUUUCAGCUCUACAGUUACUUUAGCUCACAGCUGAAGCAGCCGAUCCAGGUCUUCAAAAUUAAGGAUGCAAAUACUAACAUGUCGAUCUCCUCUGGUGUUGUAUAUCAAAAUAAACACGUGUGUCUAACCGUCACUGAGUAUACUCUCUUUAGCCACUCUCUCGCACUCCGGAGCUCCGACGGACUCCGACGUUUCUCCGUUCUUACACUCUAUUCAACACUGCGCAUCACAUCUGGUUGCCCAGAAGAGCCUGGUAGUCCAGCUUCCGAAGCCAUUCAACCUGAGCCCGAGAGCUCCUCUGAAGCCCCCGAAGUCCCCGGAUGUGAUGACUCAGUCAUUCCAUAUGAGGCUGCCGGCAGCAAGUUUUUCCCGCUAGCUGAUCUUGAUAUUGGUGGAGAUAUGACACCGGAUGUCGUAAAUGUAACUCAAGUCCCUGCCAGCCCCUCUGCUGUGCAAGGAUUGAUCGAGGGACCAAGAGAUGAUCAGGUCACCCCUUCACGACGGCAAGUCUCCCCAAAUGGUCAACUGCACCUUCAAGACGGAGUUGAUAAGUCGCAAAUUGAGCUUGAUCAUACUCCCGGCAAGCGAGCCCAAGAAACUUCGCACAAGUCGGUUUUUGUCCCGAACAAACAGCGCAAGUCUUCCCAGCCCACGAGGAAGGCAGAUAGUGGUCCAGCCAGAUCAUCAUUGGCUACCCCGACCAGGCAGCGUCGUUCAGCUCGCGUGGCAUCGCAGAAUGUCGUUGAGGUCUCUGCCGAAUCCUCGGACCCCAGGUCACGAGUCAUCAGGAGUGGACGAAGUGGUAAAGGCACAUGGGAGGAAGUUUCGGUCUGUUCGGAUGAAGGAGAGAAUUGA